AUGCUAGUAGGUAACAUUCCUCCAGAACUUGGUUCCUUGUCUAAGCUUGAGUAUCUUGUUUUGCAAGUUAAUAAUUUAACAGGAGAGGUACCUCCUCCCUUGGGUAACCUUUCUAAUCUUGAAGCACUUGAUUUUCAUAAGAAUAACUUGGUGGGAUCACUUCCUCUCUCAAUAAGCAAUGCCACUAAUCUGGUGGACUUCGAAGUUGAUGAGAAUAAACUGACAGGACAAGUGCCAAAUUUACAAAAGCUUCGUAACCUUGUGUUCUUCAAUAUUGUUGGUAAUCAUCUCGGAAGUGACAGUGAUGGGGACUUAAGUUUUUUCUCAGACUUGACCAAUGCCACGCAGUUGGAGUGGCUGGAAAUAGGAUUCAACAAAUUCGGAGGAACGUUGCCCGCAUCAUUAUCUAAUCUCUCAACCCUUGAAAUUCUACAUGUUGUGCACAACCGUUUACACGGAAGCAUCCCUGCAGGGAUAGGGAAUAUGGUCCACUUGAACCAAUUGAAUUUGGGUGAUAACAUGUUCACAGGUAAUAUUCCCACUGACAUCGGGAAGCUUUCAGGUAUUCGGAUAUUGGAAUUUGGAAACAACAGAUUAUUCGGGAGCCUCCCAUCCUCUCUAGGAAAUCUGACAUCAUUACUUCGUCUCGAAUUGCAAGGAAAUCACUUUAAUGGCACCAUCCCUAGAAGCCUCGGGGAAUGCCGUUCAUUGCUGCUGUUGAAUCUUUCUUGUAAUAACCUUAGUGGCGACAUCCCUCCACAAGUUAUUGGCCUUUCCUCCUUAUCAAUAUAUUUGGAUUUGUCCGAGAAUCGUCUCAGUGGUUCUCUUCCCUUGGAGGUAGGAAAGUUAAAAACUCUAGGUAUAUUAAAUGUCUCUAAUAAUAUGUUAUCAGGAAAACUUCCUGGUAGCUUUGGUAGUUGUGAGAGUUUGGAAGUCCUGCUCAUGCGAGGAAACUUCUUUGACGGCCCCAUUCCUUCAGCUUUGGGCUCCUUGAAAGGGAUUCGAGAGUUAGACCUUUCCCACAACAAUCUCUCUGGUGAGAUUCCUGAGUUUCUAGCGGGGCUUGGAGGUUUGAAGCAACUUAACUUGUCUUUCAAAGAAUUUUGGGGUGCACUGCCAGUUAGAGGUGUCUUUAACAAUACAAGUGCCAUUUCAGUUGUCGGAAACACAAGACUUUGCGGAGGUAUUUCUGAUAUCCACCUUCCAAAGUGCAAGUUUAAAGAAUCGAGGUGGUCUCGUAGCAAGAAACUAACAAUCUCAUUAGUCUCCGCAUUCACUGUUCUUGGAGUAGCUAUGCUGUGGACGUUUCUUUUUCUUUGUUUCUUGAAAAAGAGACGCAAAGAAACUCCAUCAAGCUCAUUGGCGAACUUUGUUUUACAAGUGUCGUAUAGUGCUCUCUUGAAAGCUACUGAGGGCUUCUCUGCAGCAAAUUUGAUUGGUGCUGGUAGUUUUGGGUCUGUAUACAAAGGAAUUCUCGGCGAAGAUGGAGCUCAUCUUGUUGCUGUGAAGGUGUUUAACAUGUUACGCCGGGGUGCUUCGAAGAGUUUCCUAGCCGAAUGCGAGGCACUCAGAAAUAUAAGACACCGAAAUCUAGUCCCGAUUAUAACUGCAUGUUCAAGUGUGGACUCUCAUGGUAAUGAUUUCAAGGCUUUGGUUUAUAAAGUAUGGAAUGGGAGAAGUGAGGUUUCGACAUAUGGAGAUGUCUACAGCUUCGGUAUUCUCUUGUUAGAGAUAUUUACAGGGAAGAGACCAACUGACCACAUCUUCAUGGACAAUUUGAACCUUCAUAAGUGUGUGAAGAUGGCCUUGGGCAAACGAGUUUCAGAGAUUGCAGAUUCGUCACUUGUUCAAGAAGGCAAUCCGAGGCAGAGCAUCAACGAUGCUCUUGAAGAAUGA